AUGCUCGGCAGCAUCGACUCCCAGCAGCUGCAGCCGCAGCAACGGCAGACCUCCAGCCAAGCCCAGCCGCCGCAGCAGCACUCACUGCCACUAGCACCAUCGUCCUCCUCCUUGUCGGCAAUAGCAGCAGCAGCGACGGCGACGGCGACGGCAACUGCAGUUACGAAAGAUCGCGAGGGCCGCUCGGUCUUCUCACUGGGGGCCCGGCCGGUGCACCCGACCCUGUUUGACAAAGAAUUAGGUCAGGAAGGGGAGAGCGACGAGGAGUUCGACAGCGCCACGGCCGGGUCGCCCAUCGCGGCGUACGCGGUCGCCGUCCCGCCCGCCUCGCGCGCCGAUGCGCAGAGCCCGGUGUUCCCCUCCGCGGGGCCGUCACGCGACGAGGAGGCCGACGCGCGGACGGUUCCGAACGUGCAGUCGCUGGUCCACGUGGCCGACGCCCUCGACUUCGAGAACCACUUCGUCAUCAUCGACUUGUCGUCCGCGAAGGCGAAGGAUAAGUCCAGCCGGUACGCGCAGGAGGCGGCGAACACGGCGAUAGCGCACGACGUCUUCAACGUGGUGGUCCCGGCGCGGCAGGCGUACCCGAUGAACGACGUGGUGCUGCUGACGAACGACCUGAGCUUCGCGCCGUACUUCGACUACUUCUGGAGCGUGCACAAGCAGGACACGGCGAACCCAGUGAAGUGCAUUACAGGCUGCGGGCUGAACACCUCUGACUUGCGCCGCUGCAACCUCGAGCACUGCGCCGGCUGCUGCGUCUUCUACGCCGGUGAUAUCAGUCGCUACGGCUCGACGAGCGCCAUGUCGAUGCUUGUGGUGCUUUCCAUCAACGAGAUACUGCAGGGCAUCCCAACGUUCCCGGUGGUGGUGGAGCUAGAGGGGCUCGUGAACCUGUCUCUCUUUCCGCCGCACGCGGACGACCCGCGGCUGCGCUCGAAGGCGGUGGUGGACUUCGUGUACGAGCCGAACUUCAUCAUCGGCAACGCCAUCAGCCGCCUCAUGCUCUUCCCCGCGCUGCAGCGCACGUACUUCAUGGAGGAGUUCAUCGACGUGAUGGACGUGCUCAUCAGCGGACACACGCCCGACUCGCCGGCGCUGGCCCGCCUCCCGCUGUCGCUGUGCGAGGUGGAGCUGGAGACCUACGAAGACGUCGUCAGCUACUGCCUGAAGUUCGGGUUCCUGCCCAUUGCGUUGCAGCGCCGCAUCGUCGACGCGCGGAACCCGUCGAUUAACGGGCAGCGCUUUGUGCUGACGAACCCGCCGCGGGCGUUGCCGGUGAACCAGCAAACCGAUGUGCUCUUCUACAUUACCCCUGGCAGCUAG